ACAAACAAUGUUUCUUAGAGCUAAACUCCAACCAUGUAAAAUCUCCCGCUUUUUCUCAAUUGAAGCAACAAAACGGGCUUUCAAUAAUCAACAAGAUUAUUCUCCCAUUACUCAACAACUCUUACGUCUCUUAAAAAAAUGCAUAACAAUCAAACAAGUCCAACAAAUUCAUACCCAAAUGUUAAUUUACUCUAUAGAAAAAGCCAACUAUUUGCUCUCAAAAAUUAUAGACCUCAAAGAUUUCAACUAUGCUACUCUUCUUUUUUCACAUAUUCAUAGCCCCAAUGAGUAUGCUUUUAAUAUAAUGAUAAGAGGGCUAACUACAACAUGGCAAAAAUUUGAUCUUUCUUUGGAACUUUACUACAAAAUGAAGUUUUUAGGCUUGAAAACUGAUAAUUUCACUUAUCCUUUUGUGUUUAUGUGUUGUGGGAAUCUUUUAGCUGUGGAACUUGGUAGAUUAGCUCAUUGUGAGGUGGUGAAAAAUGGGUUGUUUGUGGAUUUUCACGUUGGUCACUCCUUGAUUACUAUGUAUUCAAGAAUUGGGAAGAUGGGUUUUGCAAGGGAAGUGUUUGAUGAAAUGUCGCAAAGAGAUUUGGUUUCGUGGAAUUCAAUUAUUUCAGGGUAUGCUCAAACGGGUUGCUCGAGAGAGGCAGUGGGAUUGUUUAUGGAGAUGAGGAAUGAGGGGUUUGAACCUGAUGAGAGGACACUUGUGAGUGUUCUUGGGGCAUGUGGUGACUUGGGGGAUGUGAAUUUGGGAAAUCGGGUAGAGGAGUAUGUUGUGGAGAAGAGAAUGGAGCUGAAUUCUUUUAUGGGUUCUGCUUUGAUUAACAUGUAUGGGAAGUGUGGAGAUUUGGUUUCUGCUAGAAGAAUCUUUGAUGGCAUGAAGAAGAAAGAUGUGAUUACUUGGAAUGCCAUGAUUUCAGGGUACGCACAAAAUGGGUUGUCCGAUGAAACAAUCUCUUUGUUCGAUGCCAUGAAGGAGGCAGGAGUUAACCUAAAUAAUAUCACGCUGGUAAGUGUUCUUUCUGCAUGUGCUUCAAUUGGAGCCUUGGAUGUUGGAAAAUGCAUUGAUGACUAUGCGUCAAGAAGAGGUAUAAAGCAUGACAUAUAUGUAGCUACGGCCUUAAUUGAUAUGUAUGCAAAAUGCGGCAAUUUGGAUGAUGCAUAUCAAAUUUUUGAAAGCAUGCCUAGAAAAAAUGAGGUCUCUUGGAAUGCAAUGAUCUCUGCUCUUGCCUUUCACGGAAGAGCACAAGAGGCAUUAUCCCUGUUUGAGCGCAUGUCACUCGAGAGUAGUGAUUCCCGCCCUGAUGACGUCACAUUUGUUGGAGUACUCUCCGCAUGUGUACAUGCAGGAUUGGUUGAUGAAGGCAGGCACUUGUUUGAUAUAAUGAGUUCAUCAUUUGGAUUGGUUCCAAAAGUUGAGCAUUUCUCUUGCAUGGUUGACCUUUUGUCUCGUGCUGGUCGUGUAUAUGAAGCAUGGGAGUUUAUUGAGAAGAUGCCUCAAAAACCAGAUGAGAUUUUACUUGGAGCAUUGCUUGGUGCCUGUCAAAAGCUCAAAAAUAUUGAUGUUGGUGAACGAGUGAUGCAGCUACUUCUAGAGAUGGAACCAUCAAAUUCGGGUAAUUAUAUAAUAUCAUCAAAAAUAUAUGCAAAUCUCAGAAGGUGGGAUGAUUCAGCAAGGAUGAGACAACUAAUGAGACAGAAAGGUGUUACCAAAAUUCCAGGCUGUAGCUGGAUUGAGAUGGAUUCACAGCUCGUUGAAUUUCGUGCUGGCAAUUCAUCCCAUCCAUUUGCAGAGGAGAUUCACCAGGCACUUGACUUGUUGUAUGAGGAGAUGGCUAUUGAAGGUUAUGUUCCAAAUGUGAAUCUUGUAUAGAAAGUAUGUAACUCGCUGCUCAGAUUGUUGGAUAGGGCACUUGAUACCUUUAUGAUCGUGUGGGCUUGAGCUGAAUGCAGGGUCAAUUUGUUGGAUUUUGGUAAUCGGCACACUUCCAUGUGAAUCCUGACUUGCCAGGUCCUUUUGUGCCUGCUUCAGAACCAGACAUAGUAACUUCACAUAGCGAUUUCACCGAGAUCAAGCAAGAAGUAAAACACUUAACCAAUAUUCCCCAGAUUAUACUGUGUAUGCUUCAGUGUAACCUUACAUCAGCUACAAUCUGCUUUUGUGCAAGAAACUUUCCUUUCUUGCUCGUCGAGGCAUGUCACUAGCAAACUGCGGACCUAAUACUGGCGUUCUCUUAAGCUCAUGCAUAACUGUACAAGACUUUCUCAUCUUCUUGCUGGUUAUUAAAAGCUACUGCAAUCUCAGCCAUGCUAAGUGCAUAUCAAGAUUCUUCUCUCAAAUCCAACAACCAUUGUGGACAUCAUCCAAGAACAUCCAGCAGGUUUUGUUUGAAUCAAUCUGCAGAAACAUUCAAUAGCUUCUUUCCAGCUGCUAAAUAUAGGUGGUUGAUGAAGGCAGGCACUUGUCUGAUAUAAUGAGUUCAUCAUUUGGAUUGGUUCCAAAAGUUGAGCAUUUCUCGUGCAUGGUUGAACUUUUGUCUCGUGCUGAUCGCGUAUAUGAAGCAUGGGAGUUUAUUGAGAAGCUGCCUCAAAAACCAGAUGAGAUUUUACUUGGAGCAUUGCUUGGUGCCUGUCAAAAGCUGAAAAAUAUUGAUGUUGGUGAACGAGUGAUGCAGCUACUUCUAGAGAUGGAACCAUCAAAUUCGCAAAAAUAUAUGCAAAUCUCAGAAGGUGGGAUGAUUCAGCAAGCAUGAGAGAAUUAAUGAGACAGAAAGAUGAGAUUUGCCGUGCACUUGACUACUUGUUUGAGGAGAUGGCAAGAGAAGGUUAUGUUCCAAAUGCGAAUCUUGUGUAGAAAGUUGAGGAUGAAGAUAUUUUAUCUUGCUAUUCUUAAUUAUCAGGUGAGGUUUGCUUGUCACUAAUAUAGUCUAGCGUCUCUUCUUCUUUAGAUCUCUUGUAUCACUCCGACGUAGUAUUGAUUAUGUCAAUAUAGAGGAAAUGAUAAGGAUACUUGGGCUAUAUCAUUAACCGUGUUAACCUUGGUAUAGAAGUUAUGCAUGAACGUAAUGCUCACUUCUCUCUA